GCAUGGCAACGCAAGAUUCAGAGUACACACCGCUUGCGCAGGAUGAUGUCGAGAAGGAGUUCGACAGCCUCCGCCACCCGCGGGAGGACGGCUAUCGCGACUACCGUUCCGUCUCCUCGUUGGCUGUCUGGACAAUUGUCCUUGUCGUGCUAGCUGUUGCCAUCAACGUCGCUUGCAUGGCGACAACUUGGAGCCGGAUCAACAAGGUCUACAGCGCUCUGCACGGCAUGCUCGAUUUUCAAGAUACUCGCGACCUCUGGCGUCCGAACACGGACAGCUAUUACGGCGACUGAAGGCUCGUAGCGAUCAAUUUCUUCAGGGUCGAAGCCGGCUGGUACUGAGUUGGAGUAGUACCGGGGGAUUAGACUAUGUAUGAAUCCAGGCACUCAAAUCUUAGUAUUGACAGUUUUG